CCCACUAUACAAAGAGGAGGUAUUCUCACACUUGUUAAACUUCUACUUAAAGAUGAAGGUGUGGCCCUACGCCAUGGUCAGUCUACUGGUCUACUGGUCUGCCAGCAGUCUAGCCCUUGACCUCAACUGGCGUGUCAGUCUCAGCUUGAAGAGAUUCGAGCAGGUGCGAGACGCCUUCCUCAAUAUAAUUGGCAGAACCACCUCUGACCCCGGCCUGUUCAACAGGGCCGGCAGACUUCAAAAGCUACAGCCAACCAUCAGCGAGUCGACGCCGUUUCCGUGCCGCACUGAGGGAUUUCGCUCCACUCCGAGGCCGGUCAGCGUGCACAGACUGCGGCCCGGGGACAUUGACGUAGUGGGGGCUCUGGGAGACAGCCUCACAGCCGGGAACGGGGCUGCGGCCUCCAGCCUAGUACACGUCUAUACCGAGAACAGGGGUAUCUCAUGGUCCAUCGGUGGUCAGGGGACAUGGAGGGAGUUCCUGACACUGCCUAAUAUGCUGAAGGAGUUCAACCCUCAACUGGUCGGAUACUCGCUGAAGGACUCCUUGUCUCACCACCGGGCGUCACAGUUCAACACGGGAGAGGCAGGAGCCAUGAGCAACGACUUGCCUUACAUGGCGGGACAACUCAUCAAGAGAAUUCGCUCAGAUCCUCGGGUCGACUUAAAAAACGACUGGAAGUUGAUUACACUGAUGAUGGGUUCCAACGAUUUCUGUGUGGACAUUUGCUACGUAGACGCGAAAACAACACCUGAGCGACACCGCAGGAAUCUCAUCAAGACUCUAGAUAUACUGAGGAAGGCUCUGCCUAGAACUCUGGUACAGAUUGUCAUAUCACCCAAUCUAAAUGCCAUCUUGAAACAGUUCAAAGGAUUAAGGCCACUUUGCCAGCUCACUCAUGGUUUCGAAUGUCCAUGCUUGUUUGGUCUUGCCCAUCAGAACAGGCAGAGGGAGUUCUACGAACUCAUAAGGCUGUGGCAACAGGCAGAGUUCAAAGCGGCUUCCGAUCCAAGGUACCAGGAAACGGAGGACUUCGCUGUGGUGGCUCAACCUUUCACUUAUGAUCUGAAGUUUCCUGUCCGCAGGGAUAUAAAUGGGAAUAAUGUAACAGAUUUUACUUACUUGUCUGAGGACUGCUUCCACUUUAGUCAAAAAGGAUAUUCCAGAGCGGUGACAGCUCUUUGGAAUAACAUGAUGGAACCUGUCGGCAUGAAAAAUACAAACUGGGGGCCAGAAUUUCAACACUUUAAAUGUCCCUCAGAAACGAGUCCCUACAUAUUUACAAACAAAAACUCUUGAUAAUAUCUAAAAGAAGGCGUGCCCAUUCCGGGAUUUUCAAUGUGAUCAUCUAAGUCAUUUAGUUAGUUCUUAGUAUUAAGUUUGUUGUACUUUUUGUAAAUAAAAACAAAUGUGUUAAUUUAUUGUUACCAA